AUGGCUCAACCCAAUACCCGUGUAGUCCAUAGUGGCCUUCAGUCCUCGCCCAGCAGCGAAUGGGUUCCAUUCACGUGGAAGGAACCGAAGCUGGGGGAGCAGAGCCGAGGCGAAGUCACCUUCACGCGGUCCUUCGGAGUAUCUGGAAAUCUGUCCUCCGGCUUCUGGAGGAUGGGCCCCAACUCACCAGGGGCCAAUCCCGAUGGCUCCAACAAGUGCACCUACUCGUCACCCCUGGGCGACGAGACCGCGUGCGUCAUCGACGGCUCGGCCACCCUGACGGUGGUGUCCACCGGCGAGAAGCACACUGUCGGCCCCGGGACUAUCAUCAGCACGCCCAAGAACCUUGAGGUCCUGUGGGAUAUCGACGCGCCCUUCUUCAAGAAGUGGUGGUGCAUCUGGGACGGCAGCGCGCCGGCGGCGGAUCCACCCACCACCAUAGGGAUCAACCAUGUCAGCGACAACCCCCCUGACUGGACCGAGUACCACUUCACCGAGCCCAAGGAGGGAGACCAGGUGGCCGGCGAGCUCUACUUCAUCCGGAACAGCGGGUCCACCGGCACCAUGUUGAGCGGCGUGUGGCGCUGUGGCAAGGGGAUCGCUGGGACGGACGUCGCCCCGGAUGGUACGUUGACUACGCCGUAUACCGGGACGCUUGGCGAUGAGACGAUCGUCCUCUUAGAGGGAGAGGUAGACGUGACGGAGACGGAGAGUGGUAAGAAACACUCGUUCAGGGCGGGCGAUGCUAUUGGGUUGACGUCUGGGAUGCACGUCACGUGGGUCUCGAAGGGACCUUUUUCUAAGAAGCUCUGGGUCAUUACUCGCGAUGUUCUUUCUAAUGAAUGA